GCUCAUGCUUCUCCAAGUGCAAAGAAGAACGCUUCUCCUCUCUCUCCGAGAACUCCAUCGUCCUGACGCCACCGCGUCCUCGCCCUUCGAGCUGCCUCACCUCAGCUUUCCCGCCCUCAGCGGCUGCACGAGAGACCCGCCGCAGAGGGCGGGUGCGCGGAGGAAUCCACCGGCUUUUGCGAACGGCACACCCCCUUGUUUUCAUUGGGUAGCCUCAUCUUUUCUCCGCCCCCAAGAUUUUUGCUUCCUCAACGAUUGGACACGAACACUGUCCAUCCCAACUCUCAGGCACCGCCCCUUUCAAGCUAGCCUUUACAACCUUUUUGGUAUUUUUCCAUCUAGCUCACUCCUCACCGAUUCCCUUUAUCGGUGGGAUUGAGUGCACCUGGCAGUGGCUGGAGCCUUGGAGGAACCAGUCCCUCCUCCUUCUUCAACGCCACUCACUGGGCGCCGCCUCCGCACCUCCCAAGCUCUGCACUCCCUCGCAGAACUACCCCCACCUGGUCCACGAUUCCUCCGCCCCUCCCUCCAGCCACCGCUCAGACGCCCUGGGCGCUCUAGCCGAGCCGGCGGCGGUCUAGGGGGAUGCGCUCUAUGAAAGCUCUGCAGAAUGCACUGAGCCGGGCCGGCAGUCACUGCCGGCAGAGAGGCUGGGGUCACCUGAGCCGGAGCCCUCUCCUUGGCGGGGGCGUCCGGCACCACCUCAGUGAGGCCGCGGCGCAGGGCAGGGAGACUCCGCACAGCCACCAGCCGCUGCACCAGGAUCAUGAUCCGUCAGAAAGUGGCAUGCUGUCCCGCCUGGGUGAUCUUCUCUUCUACACAGUUGCUGAGGGACAGGAACGAAUCCCUAUCCACAAGUUCACUACUGCACUGAAGGCUACCGGACUGCAGACGUCAGAUCCCAGGCUCCGGGACUGCAUGAGCCAGAUGCGCCGCAGGGUUCGAGAGUCCAGCAGUGGUGGCCUCUUGGACCGAGAUCUCUUCCGAAAGUGUGUGAGCAGCAACAUUGUGCUCCUGACCCAGGCAUUCCGAAAGAAGUUUGUCAUUCCUGAUUUUGAGGAGUUCACGAGCCACGUGGACCGCAUUUUUGAGGAUGCCAAAGAGCUCACAGGAGGCAAAGUGGCGGCCUACAUCCCUCAGCUGGCCAAGUCAAAUCCAGACCUGUGGGGUGUCUCCCUGUGCACUGUGGAUGGUCAGCGGCACUCGGUGGGCAACACAAAGAUCCCCUUCUGCCUGCAGUCCUGUGUGAAGCCCCUCACCUAUGCCAUUUCCAUAAGCACCCUAGGCACUGACUACGUGCACAAGUUCGUGGGCAAGGAGCCCAGCGGCCUGCGCUACAACAAACUCUCCCUCAAUGAGGAAGGAAUCCCCCACAACCCCAUGGUCAACGCUGGUGCCAUUGUUGUGAGCUCCCUGAUCAAGAUGGACUGUAAUAAAGCAGAGAAGUUUGAUUUUGUCUUGCAAUAUCUGAACAAAAUGGCUGGGAAUGAAUACAUGGGUUUCAGCAAUGCCACAUUCCAGUCAGAGAAGGAAACAGGGGAUCGGAAUUAUGCCAUCGGCUAUUAUCUGAAGGAAAAGAAGUGCUUUCCCAAAGGGGUGGACAUGAUGGCUGCCCUCGAUCUCUACUUCCAGCUGUGCUCCGUGGAGGUGACCUGCGAAUCAGGCAGUGUCAUGGCAGCCACUCUGGCCAACGGCGGGAUCUGCCCCAUCACGGGUGAGAGCGUGCUGAGCGCUGAAGCAGUGCGCAACACCCUCAGCCUCAUGCACUCCUGCGGCAUGUACGACUUCUCGGGGCAGUUUGCCUUUCACGUGGGCCUGCCAGCCAAGUCGGCCGUGUCAGGAGCCAUCCUCCUGGUGGUGCCCAAUGUCAUGGGAAUGAUGUGUCUGUCGCCUCCCCUGGACAAGCUGGGGAACAGUUACAGGGGUGUCAGCUUCUGCCAGAAGCUGGUGUCUCUCUUCAAUUUCCACAACUAUGACAACCUGAGGCACUGCACACGGAAAUUAGACCCACGGCGUGAAGGGGGAGAAAUUAGGAACAAGACUGUGGUGAACCUGUUAUUUGCUGCCUAUAGUGGAGAUGUCUCAGCUCUUCGAAGGUUUGCCUUGUCAGCCAUGGACAUGGAACAGAAAGACUAUGACUCCCGCACAGCUCUGCAUGUUGCUGCAGCUGAAGGACACACUGAUGUUGUUAAAUUCCUGAUUGAAGCUUGCAAAGUGAAUCCAUUUGUCAAGGACAGGUGGGGCAACAUUCCCAUGGAUGAUGCUGUGCAGUUCAACCACCUGGAGGUGGUGAAACUGCUACAAGAUUACCAGGACUCAUACACCCCAUCCGAGACUCAGGCUGAAGCAGCAGCUGAGGCCUUGUCCAAAGAGAACUUGGAGAGCAUGGUGUGAGCAUGGGGCAUGCAUGGUCCCUGCACAAAAACAAGCACCAACUGACCACACACUUAACACAUAACCACCAAAUGCUACAGAGAGCUGUGCUGCUUCAGUGAGGACCAAGACUUAGGCCAGUGCUUUCUGAGAGUCAAAAUACCCCAUUCCCUUGGCAGACAGAGCUUAGAGAAGUGCCUUUGUGGACACCUGAUGUAGAAUUAUCCAUGGAGACUGUGGGCUUCUUCAAGGGACAAGCCAAUAGCUUAGCCCACUCUGAAUCAUUCCAGGUCUUUACCCAGGUCCCCUCCUCUGAGAGACAGAAGAGGGAGGGAGGGAGGGAGAGGGGCAGGCUUUAGUAGUCUGGAGAGAUGUGCCCUCCUUAGCUAGGAAAUGCUGCUGCUACCACUAAGAGCAAUUUUAUAGACAGAGAAAGUAUUUUGUGCUCAAAUAAACUUUAAUUACACAAAUCA